AUGGAAAAUCUCGACGACGUUGAAGCCGCGGAAAACGACCAGCCAGUUCACCAAGAUCCACAGAGCAACCAAGUUCAGCCGAACGGAACUCAGGGCGAGUUGAACGAACCAGCAAACGAAAAUAGUCUCGUCCGACAAAUGCAAUCGCUGGUCGUCCACACCCCGAAAGACGCUCCUAAAUUCAAUGGAAAAAUCGACGGCUCGGACUGGCUACGGGAAUGCAACAGGGUGGCAGCCUUCAACAGCCACAAUGAAGACCAAAAGCUAAAAUCCGUGCCCUUCAGCGUGACUCAAGCCGCAUCCGGUUGGUUCGACAACACCGAUGGCGAGAUCACUUCGUGGCCCGACUUCGAAAGAGCAUUCAAGAAACGUUUCAUCAGUGCUACCAGAAGAAGCGAAGCCGCCCGCGGAAAACUCAACGAGAUCGUCUACGAGAAAGGCGAAUCCUACACAGCUCAUCUGGGGACAGUCAUCAAACUCUGCAGGCAAGUGAAUCCGAAUAUGAGUCCCGAAGAGAUCAUAAGAAAAUUCACGACGACGUUCUCACCGAACCAAGCGAUGAGUCUAAUCAGCAGGAGUCCAAAAACCUUGGACGAGCUCCGGGACCACGCUAACCUGCUCGACGAAACGCUCCCAUACGUAAACGGCAAAGAGGACGAACCGAGCAUCAUCGCGAUGGUGCGCUCGCGGCCCCCCAGCCGGGUGCGCUUCGCACAACAAGGGGUGGCACGUCGAUCCCCGAGCGCUCAGCUGCAGUCAACCCGGUAA